AUGGCCCCAACACCGCAAGCAGUGACGGAUUUUCUUGUAAAUGUCAAUGUUCAACCAAUUAUUGAGGAUGGAUAUGCUGGUAUCGAGCAAGAUGCUGGCAUUUCGAAUUUGGUCCGCGGCGGGUUCCAGCCGCGCCUUCCGACUUCGCUGCCGCCCCCAAGGCAGCAGCAGCAGCCGUCGCCGCUACCACGCCGACAGCCCGUCCCGUUGAUGCCUCCCGCGCAGCUUCAUCCGGGAGCGCCCCAGGUGGUCGCUGCGGCGCCUGCGGUCCCUCUUCAGUCGCCACCGCCUUCGGAGCUGAUGGACGUCGACCCCUCAGCCGGGCCGCCUUCCCAAGCGGUGGCUGUGCAGCCUGUCCUGCAGCCGCUUUCCUUGGGCACCCCCAAGGAGUCUGACACCGCAGCGCCUUGUCCGGCGCCCACUCAGCAGCCGUCGACGCAGCGUCAGCAGACGCUGCCUCUCUUCGUGGGUCCCGACGCCCCGUCGCGUCCAGUACCAGAAGCUGCGCCCGUGGUCACAGGCGUGUCCAAGGGUCAGCCAUUGCGCCAUUCACCAUGUCCUGAACUUGGAGCGCUCAUCAGCGAUCCAGUUGGUACAUACAUGUGA